AUGAGAGGACUAUACCUUCUUGUUUUAGGGGCUAUUACGCUCUGCAUUGCUCUUCCGAAUGAUUCUCCGGAAUCUAAUCACCCUACGUAUACUCAAGAGACGCGCAAUCUUUAUAAUGAGACCUCAAGACUGCCCCACGAAGUCAAGCUGGUACCCCGUGCUACAACUGAUGCCUACAAGGUAGUACAAGCGGCUAUACCUACUCAGCUUAUCCCGGGCGAUUACUAUUUCUUCAUGAACUGCGAGACAGUCGAACCUGGCUAUAGAUAUAGCGGUGGUUUAGAGGGAGGACAAUAUGUUGUUGACAAAGUCGGCUGUUCGCAUGUUGGAGUUGUUUUCGGCCAUGUCUCCGACUCAGGAGAUGACUUCGAGGGGUGGUAUCUACACCCUAAAGCGAAAAUCAGGACUUCCUGGACGGGCGGUUCCAGGAUCUUUCAAUCCGUCGACUGGGAACAGAGCAUAGUACUAUGGAAACCUCGUGAACUCCAAAAGCUGAUGUAUGGCUAUGGGGGGCCAACAACUGCAGAAAAGGCAAAUAGAAUAAAGGUUAUUAAUAGAGGUAUGUAA